CUCGCACGGCAGGAUUUAUUAUAGAAAUUCGUUGGAUAUGUGGCCAAUUGCAUUCCUCCUACUCUUGCUAUGUUUCAAUGCCGAUGCUCGCCCUAAAGAAAGUGUUCGUCAUCGAAUAACUCUCCGUACCCGAAGUCCCGAUGGUCGUACUCAAAGUCCUGAUCGUCGUCCCAUGCUUGAAUUUGAUCGAAGUUCAACUCAAGAGAAGCAGGGUUUCUUCACGUGCAUGAAACAAUGCUGGGAAAGAAGCAAAGGAAUAACGAACAUAUUCAAAUGUAUGAAAGACCGUUGUUGCACUCGAAAGCGGAACGUGGAAGAAAGCUUCUCACACACAAAGUAUGAUUGAGCGCACCAA